AUGGAGGCUAAUGUUGUUCCAACACAAUACAAUCGAUGUGUCUGCGACCUGAUUGUUGAAAAUGGAGAACUUGAAAAUCUCAGCAACCAGGAACUGAAGUGCACACCGAAUUAUAGGAACUUCCGUGUUGCAUCCGCAUCUUCAACAUCCUCCGUUCAACCAGCUUAUUCUCAAAAACACUCGUGGAUUGAUGGCUUCCGGAGCAACAUAAUGCAGUUAUACCGGAAACCAGAUGGACAUUUGCGUUUCGGUUAA